GAAAGAAUCUCUGGCAAUCAGUCUAUCAGUUGAAGGGAAGAGUAAAGUACAACGUCGCCCUGGCAGCGAACAAACUCGAAUUGAGUUCAUCGAUUGAGUUCUAACAAUUCUUUUUGAACUAUAGAAUAACUACUGAAAUCAAAUUAGAGGAAAAUUGUGAGCGUAAUGGAUUUUGGGGAGCUGUGGGCGAUCUUCGGGCCGGGAGUCGCAGGCGCCGUCUUCGGAGCCGGGUGGUGGUUCUGGGUGGACGCCGUCGUUUGCAGCGCCGUCAAAAUCUCGUUCCUCCACUACCUCCCAGGGAUAUUUGCGUCCCUGGCUGCCUUGAUGUUCAAUUGCGUUAGAAAAGAGGACAUUGAUUAUUCACCUUAUGAUGAAGGCGAAUGGAGGUUGAAGCUCUGGCUUUUCAUUGCAUAUGUAGUAUCAUUUGUUUCUUUGGCUGCCUCUGUUGGUCUCUUGAUACAAGAUGCACUUAUGCAAACUGGCCCUUCAGCUUGGACAGGAGUUGCAGGUGUCCUGCAAUGUGUUUUCGUGUUGAUCAGCGGGCUGAUAUACUGGACAUCGCACUCAGAGUAGACCGAGCAGAAGUUGAUGAACACACUUUUGUAAGAGGAAGACUGGGAGUUGUGUUACUAUCUAUCUGGACACAAGCUCAAAAGUCAGUGUUUGGGUAAAGUAUACGACUGCCAUUUGCCUGUGUAUAUGUGCUUUCUUGUAAGUGAAUCAUGUGACUGAGUGAUUGGAUUAGUCAGAUAAUGCUUUUCAUUCCAAUUUCCAAAGAUUCACAUUAUGUGCAUGUUUUCAUAAAGGCAAGCUUAAUGUAAUUUAAAGGUCAAAAUGAAGUGAUGUGAAUACCAUGUUGCUAUUUCAUACAUUUAAAAGUAAAGAUCAAGUAAAGUUGACAAAUUGUAAGGC